AUGCCUUCUCCGGAACCAAAGUGGCGCCAAAAAUACUGGACAAGCGAUUGCUUGCAGAACACCUGCCGCCAGCAUGGCCUCAAUCCAAGCGGCGUUAGCAAGCGCACAUUCUGUGCCGAUGCCGCCGAGCUCAGCGUGGGGCACAUCCUCACCGCCCUUUCUGUGGUCUUUGUCAUCUCGCGGAUCAUGGCGUAUCGUCGGAAGUUGCAGGCUGUGAGCAAUGUGCCAGGAUUUCGAGUGCCUUUCUAUCCCCUCGGCGUACCUGGCUUUCUGCUACCUUCGACGUGGUGGAACCCUGCGAUUCACUGGACGUGGAAUUGGAGGCAUACUGUGUACAAGCAGUAUGGAAACGACACGAUAUCUGUGGCACCCUUCGUCAUCGGCCCAGCAAGUUUCUACUCCGCCAAUCUCGAUGUUGCACGGCAGGUUGCGGGCGGGGAACACAAGACAAGUUUCGUGAAGCCUAAAAAAGCCACCAGUGUACCCACCUACUCCAUUUCUCUUGAUGCGAGAUUGACGCUCAUUAGGCUUUGGGGCAUGAACUUGGUCACGGCGGAUGGGAACACCUGGAGGAACCACCGACGGAUCAUGGGCCCAGCUUUCAACCCCAAGUUGUACGAAUUGGUUUGGAAGCAAACACUGAACACGUACUAUGUGUUGACAUUCAAGUUCGCCCUCUUAAUCAUCGCAAAAUGCGGCUUCGGCCUCUCCUUCAACUGGGACCAGCCGCCGCGCGCAGGAGACGGGACCAUGACCGUGCAAGCAGCCCUACGCACCGUGAUCGACAACCACCUCCUCAUGAACUUCCUCCCGAAAUGGAUCCAGAACCUCCCAUUCAAAAAGCUCAACGAGACACGCGAGGCGAACGACCAGCUGAUGGCGUUCAUGCAGGACCAGGUCGAGCAGAGGAAGGCGGAUAUCCGGAGUAAAGUCCUGGGAAAGGAGACAGCGGCGGACGCGUUCACGAUGCUAGUCGAGGCAAAUGAAGACGAGGCCACGAAGCAUAAGCUAGACGAUGUUGAGCUGAUUGGCAACGUCUUCAACUUGCUCUUUGCUGGUCAUGUCUCCACCAAGGUAUCCAAGAAGACGUUUACCAGCAGAUCUUCUGUUCUUGGCCAUGACCGCGAUCCGACUCUCGAAGAAUAUAACAAACUCGACAAGGUCCUCUACGCAUUCUACGAAGCACUGAGGAUGGUCCCUUCUGGAUUCCUCAUGAUCCGCGAGGCCUUCGAAGAUACCGCCCUGCACGUACCGAACCCCGUUGGCCAAGAAGGAAGUACGACGUUGGCGGUACCCAAAGGCACACAGGUCAUUGUUGAUAUGAUUGGUGUUCAGUACAAUCCCCGCUACUUUGACGAACCGGAGAAAUACAAGCCCUCGCGUUGGUAUGGCGUGUCAAACGAGUCUGAGGCCUUCUCCGCCUUCAGCAUUGGUCCAAGAGCAUGCCUCGGCCGCAAGUUCGCCGUCACCGAAGCUGUCGCCUUCCUCUCCGUCCUCCUGCGCGAUUACAAGGUGAAGCCGAUCUAUUUACCCGGCGAGACGAAGGAGCAGUGGCAGGAACGCGUUCUUGUUGCGAAUAUUGUGCUUACGCUGGGUGUGUCGAACGUCCCGAUUCAGUUAAUUCGGAGGACAAGGGCUUAG